UGCAAAUAAUCCACGAUACUGUGUUGGCUUACAACGCUUGUAAAAUUAUCGGUUAAUUAGUCGGUUUUAACGUUGAUUUAGUUGGUCGUGCGCGAUACGCGCACGAGGUCACACACUCUGUUCAAUACAAACCUGCACCCUUCUGAAUAUAAUUAUAAUCCCCCGCUUGACAGUACUUCCGCGUCCGCGAUACAACAUGCGAGAUAAAACAGGAAAAACUAGGUCAAGCGAAAGGAUACCACCGUCUUAUCAUGAUACCACCAGGAUUUAAAAAGGAGUUUCCACCCUGCGACAGUGAUUUAAUUGCUGCGUCCGUCGUUCGUAGUUUUAAUGCGAGUUCCGCACGUGGCGAUUGAUUUCUUUUGUUCGUAACGAUAUUAAAUAUUAGUAAGAUGUUUCAGAAUAUAGUGUCAAAACAAAUCUUUGUUCUUGUUAUAUUGUGGCAUUCUGCGUAUUCGCAACAAUGGGAAAGUGGUUUGCGUCAAAGAUACGAUGGCUAUGGAGAGGAUUGGAUAUUCAUGCCUGACGGCAACGGGCAACCUCAAGUAGCAGUGUUAAGGAUUCCAGAAACGAGAGGCGUAUUGGACAAUUCGGAAAUAGCCUACAUCAUUUACACUCGAUCUAAUCCGGAAAAAGGUGUACGAAUGACUCUAAAUAACGUUACGAAUCUCGCUAACUCCGGCUUCAAACCCUCGCGGAAAACGAAAUUUAUAACUCACGGAUGGAAAUCGAGCGCCAUGAGUACCGGACUUUUAAACAUGAAAGAAGCUUUUCUCACUCACGGCGACUACAAUGUCAUCCUUGUGGAUUGGGAACCCUUGGCCGCAAGCACAUUUUAUUUGGGACCGAUGCAAAACACCGUAAGAGUCGGAAAUGACGCUGCAAACUUUAUAGAUUUCUUAGUGAAAGAAACUGGACUGAAGACGGAAGACGUUCAUUUUAUUGGUCAUUCCCUUGGGGCACAUGUGGCUGGGAAUGCGGGCGGUUCGACGACUUCCGGGAAGUUGAGCAGAGUGACAGGUCUGGAUCCAGCGUUGCCAGGAUUUCACAUGCUCGCCUCCGAAAAGACUAGAUUAGAUCCCACAGACGCGAAAUUCGUCGACGUCAUACACUCCUGCGGGGGUGUGUUAGGCUUUCUUCAGCCGCUGGGAAAAGCAGACUUUUAUCCGAAUGCUGGUACGGCGAUUCAGCCCGGAUGUUGCUGCGUCCCUGAGAUAAUGGGUAAAUUAUCGCCGUCAUUAGCGCGAAUUCUUGUAUGGAAAACAAAACAUUUUAUCCUUUCCAUUCUAGAGGCUUGCAGUCAUGGACGAUCAUAUGUAUACUUCACGGAAAGUAUAAAUUCGAAAACAGGACUGCCUGCUAGGAAAUGCGACAGCUGGGAUUCGUACAUGACCGGGAAAUGCGCCAAUUCGCAGGUAGUGCUCAUGGGAGAGCAUGUUGAUCAGACCGCUAAGGGCCUAUUCUUUCUUAGAACGAGAUCGGAUCCGCCUUACGCGUACAUACCGGAAGUAACUAACAAUAAUGUGUCUACGUGAAAAUGACACACAGAUGAUCACACACAUCCUUUUAAAAUGCGUAUUUCGAAAUUAUUCUUAUUAUCUUGGAUCCCAAAAUUUACUGACAAAAGCAAGAACAGCAAAUAUAAAAUAUCUGGCUUUAAUAAAUAGUAAUUACAUUCUUAUACACAUGACUGAGAUAUAAUAAACGUAGCGACGAACCAA